AUGAACACCUCGUCCAAGCUACCGCCCAACCAUCCUGCCGGCCCCGAGGAGGAUAUCCCGGGGUACGAUUCCCUUCCCCCUCUCGAGGCAGAGGACCAGGUCGUCUCGUCUGAAAUACUACUUGCCCCGCCUUCCCCAUCCCCGGAUUCCCUCGUUCUCCCAGACCUCAUGCUCGGCUGCGCCACUUUCGGCUAUAACAUAUACACCACCCCUACCUCUGUCCGUUCAGACCUCCCACUCCGGAUAGUCCGCCUCGCCCUCUCUAGCGGAAUAACCGCAUUCGAUACGGCGCCACACUAUCAUCCUUCCGAGAUAGUCUUGGGCAAUUGUCUGAGGGUGCUCAAGGAAGAAUGGCCGAGGGAGGGCUAUAAGCUUAUCACCAAGGUGGGCAAGUAUGGGCCGGAGGGGUGGAUGCAUACUUUUGAGAGGGGGUCAGUGAGGCGGUGUGUAGAACGGAGCUUGAAGAGGCUUGGGACAGAUCACCUGGAUGUCGUUUAUCUUCACGAUGUGGAGUUCCGGUCCUCCCUCCCCUGUCCAGCCGGAAAGCAUCUCCGCGCCCUCCAGCCCGCCCAUGCGAGCGAGUACGGACUUGCCCCAGAUCAGCUCUCGCCCGAAGGUGACGGCGACCUCGAGAUCCUCGGUGCGAUCGAGGAACUACGCCUCCUCCAGGCCGAGGGGAAAGUCCUACACGUCGGGAUCGCCGGAUACCCCUUGCCAACCUUACUCCGCUUUGCGCGGCUGGUACUUCAUACCACUGGGAGGCCGAUAGAUGUGGUACAGACGUACGCGCAUCAGACACUCGCGAACCAUAUCCUAUCCGAGGGGUUCUUGGCUGCUUUCGAGGAUGCUCAGGUCGGGACGGUGACCAAUGCAGGACCACUCGCUAUGGGUCUGUUGACGAAAGGCGGGGGACCAGAGUGGCAUCCUGCGAGGAAGACGGAUCUGUUCGGCGUGACCAGGGAGGCGGUAGAGCUGUGCGAUAAGGAUGGCGUGGCGAUAGAAGAUGUGGCGACGGACUUUGGAUAUAAGGAGCUGAGGAUGCGGGACGGGCGGAAAGUGCCCGCUGUGGUGGGGUGCAAGACUCUUGAGGAGAUCCAUGCGAACUUGAGGAGCUUCAAACGGGCGAAUGGGGAAGACGGGAAGAGGGAGAGGGAGGUGGGAGAAAGGGUAGUGGCUUUGAUGGAGGAGAGAGGGGUACGGAAUUGGAGCUGGAACAACCCAUAG